UUGAGAAGUUGAUUUGGGAGUAGACAAAGCUCAAGAUAUAAACAGGGACUUUUUUGUUUUGAGUUUUUUUUGUCUUGUGUUGUUUUGGUCGCUUUUCGGAACAAAGGAUUCGCCACUUUGGAGCCUGAACUCGAUCCACGCCGCUCGAGCUUUAUGUUUUUGGAUUUAACUUUCCUGCCCCGUCGUACUACUAUGGUCAUAAUGGAGGUUCCCACCAUCGACUGCACGUCUUUUUAUCGUCUGCUGGACGCCGACGUCCCGGGCUGCCUGGUGCUCGACUGCCGCUCCUUCCUCUCCUUCAACUCGUCUCACAUCCCGGGAUCCACCAACGUCCGCUUCAGCACCAUCGUCCGCCGGCGGGCCAGGGGCGGCUUGGGGCUCGAGCACAUAAUCCCGAACGAGAACACGCGGAACCGACUGGUCUCCGGGGACUACGACUCCGUGGUCCUGCUGGACGAGCGCAGCUGUGACUUGAGUCAGGCCAAGAAGGACGGGACCCUGAUGUUGGCGGUGACUGCCUUGUGCCGGGACUCGUGUGGAGCGCCAGUGUUUGUCCUGAAAGGUGGCUUUGAGCAGUUUUCCACUGACUACCCGGAGGUCUGCACCAAGCCUUCCCCACCACAGGGGCUCAGUUUACCUCUGAGCUCCAGCCGCCCAGAGAGCUCUGACCCCAGCUGCAGUCCCUGUAACACACCUCUUUAUGAUCAGGGUGGUCCGGUGGAGAUCUUGCCCUUCCUGUACCUGGGCAGCGCCUACCAUGCGUCCAGAAAGGACAUGCUGGACAUGCUUGGCAUCACAGCUCUCAUCAACGUCUCAGCCAACUGCCCCAACCAUUUCGAGGAUUCCUACGUCUACAAGAGCAUCCCGGUGGAGGACAACCACAAGGCUGACAUCAGCUCCUGGUUCAACGAGGCCAUCGAGUUUAUCGAUUCGGUGAAAAACAAAGGCGGCCGCGUCUUCGUCCACUGUCAGGCCGGCAUCUCCCGCUCCGCCACCAUCUGCCUCGCCUACCUGAUGCGAACAAACCGAGUCAAGCUGGACGAGGCCUUUGAGUUUGUGAAGCAGCGGCGCAGCAUCAUCUCUCCUAACUUCAGCUUCAUGGGUCAGCUGCUGCAGUUCGAGUCGCAAGUCCUGGCGUCGUCCAGCUGCUCGUCGGAGGCUGGGAGUCCGGCCAUCAGAACCAGCGGAGGCAGCACGGUGUUCAACUUCCCCGUGUCCAUCCCUGUGCAUGCCGCGGCCGGACAGCGGACUUUCCUCCACAGCCCUAUCACCACCUCGCCCAGCUGCUGAGGAGCGUGGUGAUGCUGGUGUCGGCUGCUUCAGGGGCCUGAACUGUGGCGGGGUUAUUUCAGACAGAUAAGCUCGCGACCGCCCGCCCGUCCGUCAGUAUUGUCCCUCCCUCCUCGUUCACAGAUCCUCCUCAUUAGGAAGUUUGGAUGAAUCUGGAUAUUUUUAUUCGAUUGACACUUUUCUAUCAUGAAGACAACUGCUUUGAUAAUCACUCAACAAUCCAGGACUCUCAGUUGUCUCAGGAAUACACCCCCUACUGGGGGAGGUUAUUUUUUUUGUUGCCCAACUCCUUCUCGGAGAAACGUGAAUGUAUCAGUGCCCUUUAAAAGGUCCUGCCAAAUGCAAAACCUGCCUUACGAGACGAAUCCUCGGCGAUGCUGCCACGACAGGGACACAAACCGUUGAAUACCUCAUGUGUGUGUACUGCGGCUCUGACGUCCCGGCCCCGGAACCUCCUCGCCCUGGGCCCGGUCGUCCUCACGGCCUGCAAUCUGACUUAUUUAUUGAACUAAAGUAAUAUAUUUGUUUUGAAUAUCUAUUUUUUCACACGUUCGACUGUUGUUUUUUUAUACUGCUGAAUAAACGUCUUUUGGCUUCGUAUCACCUGCUCGAUCUCUUUGUUUUGAA